AUGAAGCAAACAUCCAGACUUGGUCUCGAUCUCAUCUCCUCGCCUAACACACUAAGGGACAUCUACUCGGACCAACGUAUCCCCGUCAUGCUGUCUGAGGAAUUCUUCUCCGCCGUUUGCGGCCCCCCUAUCGCCGCCAAUACGGCCAUCUCAAAAGAUGUCGGCAUUCACUGUCACACUCUGACGCCGAGCUAUGCUGUCAAGUCCAACUACAAAAAAAGCGCUGCUCCGACGAAUUGCUUGGCCAUCAGCCCGUCCCACGUGUUUGCCGCUCAAAACGAAAAGUCCCAGAUCCAUGUGUACUCCAAGGCGCGUGGCACCCAGGAGGUGACCGUCACCUUGGGUGAACGCAUCAGGAGCUUGACCCUGAUCGGCGAUGUCCUUGCAGUUGGCACAGUCGACGGAAGCCUCAUGCUGUGGGAGACAUGUACUGGGCGUCUGGUUACGACACCGCCAUGCCACGUCCAGCCCGUCACCUGCGUGGCCGCCACUUCUCACCACGUUGUCACAGCGUCUGAGGACUCCAAUAUCCACGUGUGGACCUUGUCCCGCCUCCUCGAGCUCAACGCCACCACAGAGCUGGAACCCGACUUGACCUUGUCAAAUCACAGGGGCGCCAUCACCUCGCUCGUCGUCAGCCAGAGCGUGAAUCCCGAAACCAGCCUCUGCGUCUCAGCCAGUAAGGACAAGACCUGCAUCAUCUGGAAUUACCAGACCGGUGAGCCCUUACGGACCUUGCUGUUCCCCAGCGUCCCUCUCUGCGUCGCCCUCGAUCCCUGCUCGCGCGCCGUCCUCGUCUCGUGUGAGGACGGCUCACUCUACCUCGUCGAGCUUUUUGGUGCCAAGCCUCUGGUCGGCCAGCACAGCGCCGAAGUCUCCUCGACCGCCGUCCAAGUCACUUCUCCGCUUGGUGUCGCCGACGCCGAGUGCGGCCCAGCUUCGUGCCUGGCUAUCAGUCACGACGGCACGGCCGUCCUUACCGGCCAUACCAAGGGCAAGAUUCUUCAGUGGCAGCUCACCGACAAUGGCCACCCGACAGAACUGACGGACCUCAACGCCUCCGUUACGAACCUCGUGUUCCCACCUCUUACGCAGGCGACCCAGACGACAAGGCCCGUCACAGUCAUCAAACCCAGCCUUGCCGAGAGGCAGUAUACCUUUACGGCCCAGCUCGAGGCUGAUCUGGCACCGCCCAGCAGAUUCCAGAAUAUGCUCAACAGCGCAGGGUUCCCGGAUGACGUUCUGGAGAAGGCUAUUCUGUCCUUUACAGAACUACCGGCAACGCAGUCUGGCAACAGUGCUGAGGCGCAGACGCAGAUUGAUGAGCUGAAAGAGAUUAUCGAAGGUCAGAAGGCGCUGCAUAAGGCCACACUGCAGAAGCUGGCUGAUGCCAAAUCUUCAAAAUGA